AUGUUCCGCUUCAUAUCGGACUACAUCUCCAAGAUGGACGGCACCGGGGACUGUGUCCUCGAACCCCAGGCGACCUUCUCACCGUGCUUCGCACAGCCCUUUCUGGCCCCGCACCCCAUGCGCUACGCCAAGAUGCUCGCCGACAAGAAUGAGCAGCAUAACGCCAACGCCUGGCUGCUCAGCACCGGUUGGGUCGGCGCUGGCUUCGCCCAGGGCAGCAAGCGCUGCCCGCUCAAGUACACUCGUGCCAUCCUCGACGCCAUCCACUCGGGCAAGCUGGCCAAGGUCGAGCACGAGACCUACGAUGUCUUCAACCUCCAGGUGCCCAAGACUUGCCUUGGUGUGCCCUCGGAGCUGCUCAACCCCAAGAACCGCUGGACUGCUGGUGCCCAGAGCUUUGAGACCGAGGUCAAGAAGCUCGGCAAGCUGUUCCUAGAGAACUUCAAGAAGUAUGAGAGCGAGGCUAUUGAGGAUAUCAAGAAGGCUGCGCCGGUUGUGUAA